CCAAAAAGCAUCCACCAUCCAGCCCCCCUUUCCCCUAUUUUUGUCUUUAUCCCUCGAUUCCAUCCUUUAUUUCUCCCCUCUGCUUUCUUAUCCUUCCACAAGCCUCUAUCACUCGCAGUCCUGAAGGAACACUCAGCUCGGUGCUGUGAUUUUGUCUGCAUUCUGAGGCUGCUGUGAGUACCUUGAAUCAGGGAUUUCUUCCAUUCUUUAGCCUGCAUUCACACGGCCAUGCGAGGGCGGAGUCUACCCUUCAUCCUUUCCCUCCUCUUCCUCCUCCUGUCAUUCUCUGAGGCAAAAAAGAAGUCCAAGCAGCCAUCAGAAACAGUGACUGAAUCAGACAGUACAGUGGUAAACCCCUCGCUGGGGUCAGGUCAACUGAGCACUAAGGAUGGGCACCGCUGCACCUGGGAGGCGCGAGAGAGAGGAGCUAACAUCCAGCUCCAGGUGAACUGCACCACCCCAAGUGAGGAUGGGCUCAGACCUCACUACACGUGCCAGUUUGCUGGAAAACCUCAGGAAUGCUCUAUCUACAGCUCCCAGUCCUCCCAGUACUGGAAACAGGUGGUUAGCAAACUGAAGAAGCGAAAGAAUGCUUGCGAGGGGGAGAAAGUCCUGAAAACACGACUGUGUAAGAAAGCACCCAGCGCAUCUCACAUGAAACUCACGGAGAGAAGCGGAGAAGAGACCACCACGCACAUGAGCAAGGGAAUGCCAGAAGAGAGCAAACGGAAAACGGAGGCACCCACGAAGAAAGUAAAAGAAGUUCAGAAAGAUAAGGAAGAGGAGAAAGAGGAUGUGAAGAAAGAGGAGGAUGAGGGGUUCGGAGAAGUAAUGAAUGAUGGAUUCUCAGACAUGGAGCCCGCUGUGAGCUACUGCGGAGAGGGAUGGUCUUCUGUCUGCAACUUCUUUGCCAAGUUUUUUAAUGCUUAAAAAAGAGAGAAAUGUCAGCUAUCAAUGCUUUUUCGGACCCAGUGAAGGAUAAGCUUGUUGUUGCAUAUAAAAAAAGACGGCAUCAAGAUGUUGUCAGGGUGUCAAAAAUAUGACUUAGCGGAAGUUCACCAUCUAGUUUGCACCCUAAAAACAUCAUGGAUAAAAAAUCCUGUCGUGAAAAGGAAGACAAAUAGACAUAGAGAAAGUAGUUUUUGUAUGAUAUUUAACAAUCACAUUAAUUACAAUGUUAAACACAAUUAAUUACUUAAGUGUAUAUUGUAACUAAACCAACUUUUUGUAGAUAUGAAUAAUUGUAUUACAUGACCUUUGAAUUUUUACUCAUGAAGAAAACUGUUGUGUAUGAUUAUUGCAAAAUAACAUUAAACUCAAUAAAAGAUGAAUUUAAUUAAUUACAAAUGCAUAUAUUUUUAAUAGCAAAAUUGUAUAGAUGACAGAAAAUAAUUUCUUCAUUCAUCACUUAUAGAUCGCAGUGCUUAACACAGCUGAAUGACAAGAUUUAACAUCCUUCCGAUCUCACACAAAAUGAAUAAAUGAACCUUGCACUUUCAUGAA